AUGGAGCCGCAAAACCUCGAUGGUACUUUGGCGUCGAUGAUCGCGGUGGAACGAACCCAGGCCACCGCCGGUCGAUUCCACGUCACUGGCACCGAAGGACGGGCGACAGGGUUAGCGCACGGCCUGCAGUGUGUUCUUCCCCUGGCACAGAGAGGUAAUGGGGGAGACCAAGGGCCCGUGAAGGACGAAGAAAAUCGCAAGAGGGGAGUCGAUGCCCAGGGGGAGGAGGAUGGUGGAGGGGGCAGUGCCUCCGACGAGGGUGGCGAAAGGGAGGGAGAGUCCAUUGGCGGGCAGCCACCGGAUGGGGGGAAGGUGGUGGGACCAAAAACAGGGUCAAACAAGAAGCGGUUGGACCCACCCUCCCCUCAAAUCUCUAUCCCACCCCAAAUGGUGGCUUUGGCUGAGAAGCACCACGAGGAGUAGAGAAAAGUUUUUGAGCAGAGUAGACUUGAGCUAGAUGGGGUAAAGCGAGAGUUUGAAGUGCAGAAGGGCACGGUGAUUCACCUCGACAAGAAAGUGGAGAAGGUGCAGAAAGGCCCAGAGAUCACGAGGAUGACUACCCUUAUAACGAAGCUUGCGUAGAAGGGGGAGGAAGCAAAAAAAGAGAGUGAAGGAGGCCGAGUGGAAAAAACGCACUAUGAGCGCGAGGUGGAAAAAGAGAAAAUAAACCUCGGUGUUCAGACCGAACAGGAAGCAAAAGAGCAGGAACGUUCCGACCAAGAGAAAAGGAAUGGUGGGGCAAAGGUGAAAACAACCCUUGACAAAGCGCAGAAAGAAUUAGAGCGUUUGAGGGAGAUAUUCGGUGCGGAGAAUUUCGCCAAUUUAGGACACAGAAAGGACUCAGAAGCUGCGCGAAGUGCUCUGCUCACUGCCCAACAAGCGGCUGGGAUUGAAAGCCUACCCAUGCCGGCACCACCUUCCGAAAAGGCAAAGGUCAAGAAGGCCCAGACAAAGCUCUCAAACAGGAGGAAGCGGAGGGGGCAAAGGGGGGGGGAAAGAAAGGUCGAGGAAGGGGGAUGAGACUAAGGUGGAAGGGACAAGGGUGACAGGGGGGACGGGGGUCUGGUUUUGGGACUCGUUCAUCAUCUAGUUCCUCUCCGAGAGGGGGCCGAGGGGGCUGGUGGCACGAGUCAGGAAGGGGAUUCCCGAGGAGGAAAGGUUCCCAGGGUGGGGGCAGAGGCAACCAAGGAGGUAGAGGUAUGCCAAGGGAUUCGAGGGGUGGUGGUCGGGGAGGACAGGGUUCUAGUCAGAGUGGGGGCAGGGAGGAAAGGGCAACUGUCCACCACGGGCAGCACCACCGUGACUGGCAGGCACCACCGCCCCAGCACCAGCAGCCGCAGCACCAGCAGCAGCAAUGGCAGCAGCCACCGCCGCAGAUGCAGGCGUCACCGCCAUGCUGGUUUCAGGGAAGGGUGGGGUAUGACGGGGGUCCUCAAGGGGGCACAGUCUACUGUGACCAGCACGGCAACUUCCACACUGGAAGACGAUGACGUUCCGCGAGAAGAUAGACAAGGUCUUUUCGGAUACAUCGAAGCAGAUGGAAGAAGGGUCAACGGGUAGGAAGGCGCUGGCAUUCUUGAUUCCGGCGUUGGGGAGGGUAGGGAGGGAGUUCAUCCUCUCCCGAAGAAUUGGUGUACGACUUACAGACCUUUGCGGUACCGAAUGGAAUGCCGGUGAAGCGGCGAACUACCUGUCACCAUUUACUCGGUUGGUCGGUGGGGAUUUGACGAUGGACCGACAUCGGCAUACGACUCGAGCGCAAGUGUUCGCGGGGUCAAGGGCGACCAAGAUGAUGUCGUGGGAGGCUCUGUUGGAUACGGGAAGUCCGGCAUCGUUUGUACAAGAAAGGCGGCGUUCAGGCGGUUGUGGCAGAGGGUGUCUCCGCACAUUCGAAACGUCCAUUUCGACUUCAAUGCGAACCUGUGGGAGCCGGAGGGCAUUGACAAACUAGGGACGGGGCAGAACACGUGCGCGACUUGGAGAGGUUUUUCGAGCGCAUGGUCAAGUUCAACCUGAAACUGGCAUCCAAGAAGACCAACUUGGGGGUGAAGGUGGUGACGUUCUUUGGACAUCAAGUCACGGCGGAAGGGAUCGGGACGGACCCGGAAAAGGUCAGACCGCUGCGUGAAGUGCCAAUGCUCACUAAUGUUAGCCAGUUGCGAUCGUUGUUGGGGUCCUUGUCGUACUAUCGAAAGUUCCUGAAGAACAUGUCGGCAUUUUGAAAUCGAUCAAUGCGAUGCUGAAAAAGGGGGCGAAGUUUGCGUUCACGGCUGAUCAUGUGGCAGUAGUGAGGAAGAUGAUGGAUUUUCUGUCUGGUCCUGAAGUUUUGGCGUUUCCGUGUUAUGAGGGUGCGAUCUCGGGAGAGCGGCCGUUUCGGUUAACCGCUGAUGCGUCAAUUUCGGGCUUGGGAGCCGGAAUUGAGCAAGAGCAACGCGAUGGAAGUAUUAGACCGCUAUGCUUUUUGAGCAGAUCAAGGUUAGUGAACGAAGCGAGGUGAAGUCCGACUGAGCUUGAAGCGGGUGCGAUAGUGUGGGCGAUAAAGAAGAAUCGAACACUAUUUUAUGGCAUCCCCUUUGAAGUGUACAGUGACCAUCAACCCUUGCGGAAUUUGGGGAGUUUGGCAGAGAAAAAAAAUCGCGUACAUAGGUGGGAUGACUUCCUGUCAGCGUACACGUAUGAACUGAAGUAUCGACCAGGGCGAGAGAAUGCAAAUGCCGAUUUGAUGUUACGGUUGCCAUUGCCUGCGACGAAGAGGAUGAGGCACCAGAUGUCGGGCUAACUGAUCUGUCUGAUCUCGAUGUUUAUGUGAUAGGUGCGAGCGGGGUGCUACCUUCGCGAUUGGGUCCGGU